AUUCGGCACUGACGGAGGAGUAUUUGGGAAUUUUUCCACACCACGACUGACUCAGAUAGCUUCCUUAUCAGGGAAGAUGUCACUGCCUGGCCUCCCUCACUCAAGUGUGGCUUUACUGAAGAGUAGACUGUCCUCCGGGGGAGAACCUUCGGAUGUUUCCCAGCUGGAGCCCUUUGACCAGGAGACAAUUCAUCUCCAGGAGAAAGCAAAUCGCCUGCUGGAGCGCAGUGAGUCCUCUUCCAGCGGACUGGUUCCUGUCAGUUCAGAAGGGGUGGGAUCUCUGUCCAUCUCUGAUACCAUCGAGGAGGUGUCGCGCAGGCUCACCUGCAUCCCGCUUUGCGAACCCGCUGCUGGCGAUGUGACAAUGAAGCAGCUUCCCACUGUGCCUGACCCCCUCCACCCAGUCCGUGUGCCACCAUUCAGUGCCCUCCCUGCGGACGACAUCCUGUACCAGUGGCGUCUGCAGAGGAAGAUGGAGGCAGCGAGAGAGAGACCUUGGCCCUUGCUGCCAAAGAGGAAAUCACACUCCCCUCCAGUCCGCCUGGACAGACAAGCUGACGAGUGUGAUGAGGAUGCUCACGGAGACAGGAUGACGGCCAUUGUACCCUCCCCUGAGAACUAUCGGAGAGGGGACGAGACUCCAGCCGGGACCCCCGCACACGGCCCGAGCGCCAGGCCUGCCGCCGGAGCUGCCGUGGCCAAGGCCGCGCUGAAGCCCAGCAGGGCGGAGCCGGCAGCGGCAGAGCCCCCGCCCGCACCCGGGGGAGGCCGCUGCUCCCACCCGGACCUGGCGGGCAGAGGGCAGGCCCGGCGGGGAGGAGGGGGCCGGUCGCCGGGCCGGGUGCCUCGCCCCGGGAGGUCUCCGAGCAGCCCCCCUGAGCCGAGGGGCCAGGGGCGCCGGUGGGGCCGCCACAGACCCAGGCACGACAGAGGGCUGGAGAGCCGGACCGACAGCGCGGGGCCUUCGACCCUCGAGCGGCGCCAGAAGCAGGGCGGCGCCGCUCCACAGCCAGCCCCGGGCCAGGAGUCGUCCAGUGGUGGAGCCUGGAGUCCUCCCACCGACAGGCCGCGCGUGGUGACGGGGCACGGGGAGAGAGCAGGGCCGGCGGACCGCCCCGCACCAUCGGACGUGCGUCGUGCGCUGGGACAGGUUGUCUCUGAGAGAAUGUUCUCUCCUCCUGCUUCAAGGCAACGGACCAACAAUAAGCCAGAGACUGAGAGCAGAGGCAGGGGUGUGCACCUGCCCCCUUCACCCGUUCCUGGCACCCACCAGACUCCAGAGGCAGUAUCCCUACUGCUUGAGGAAGCUGAAGAAUCGGACGGGGUGGAGUUUGAGGAGGACAUGUUGCUUCAGGUGCUGAGACAGCAGAGAGACUGGGUCAAACGGCAGCUCAGGGAAGCUGACCUGAGACUGCCAGUCCUGAAUGACCAUGAACGCUGAAGGAGGGAAGCCCCCAUCGAGCCACGUCACCAGCUCCCUCCCCCUGCGCGUCAGCCUCACCUCGCUCCACCCCUCCUGUGCUCAGCACACUCUGUGGGGAGACCCUCUGGCCAGGCAGUAACGCAGCUGAUGGCCCAUCCUGUCAGGACAAACCUUCAGCGUUUGGGGUCUGAGAGAUUUCGAUGAGCUGUAGCUCACGGUGCAUCAUUAAAAAUGGGUAGCAUUUGUCUGUGUGCGCCCCCACACGGUGUCGGUGUUGUUAUGUGUUUAUAAUUUAUCGGGACCCUUUCGUACGGGAGCAGGUCUAAUCCCACCGCGGAACAAGAUGAAACCCUGAAUGGCAGAGUUGGCCGGCUCUCGACAGCCGGGCCAAGUCUGGAUGGAGGUGCCAGGGGGGUUGAAUGGAGUGAGCGGUGGA